AUGAAUACCGCCUCCAAUAUCAUCGGUCACUACCUCGGGGAUGCUCCCACCAAGACGGAGCACUUCAGCAACCCGGCCGCUGACAAACAGAAGUUCGCUGAUCCAUCGGGUGCGAACAUGCUUGCGCUGGCGUGGUAUGGUAAGAACGACGUGCAGAUGAUCGAAUGUCCCAAGGUGAACCAAAACUUCGCAAAACUUACGGAAUGCGCAUAACUGACCAUAUCUGAACUGGACAAUUGGAACAGCCCAAAAUUGUCGAUGCGACCGACGCGAUCGUGAAGGUGACUGGUACGACAGUUUGCGGCUCGGACUUGCACCUCUUGCACGGUGCGGUUCCCGAGAUGUGAGUUUCACUCUAUUCAUACAUGGUUCAUACUCACUGAAUCGUGUCUGUCCUACGCCCCUUCCGUGCAUUAGGCAAAAAGGUGACAUCCUCGGCCAUGAAUACAUGGGCAUCAUCGAGCAAGUCGGCGCAUCGGUUCAAGGUCUUCAGCCUGGCGAUCGAGUCGUCGCCAGCUUUAACGUCACAUGUGGAGAGUGCUACAUGUGCAAGCGUGGGCUCACCUCGGGCUGCCAGCAGAGCAACAGCAGCAACCUCAUGAACGCCCUCUACGGCAAUCGAAUUGUCGGCAUGCUCGGCUACAGCCACUUGACGGGUGGCAUCGCGGGUAAGCCCCUCCUUGACGAUCUAACUUCGUCAUCACAUGUAAGUGAUACCAAUUUUGAUACUCGAUUGCAACGUAUUGCAGGUGGUCAGGCCGAAUUUGUUCGUCAGCCCUUCGCCAGCGCCAACUUGUUCAAGAUCCCCGAGUCGAUUCCGGACGAGAGCGCUCUCUUCCUCUCCGACGUGCUACCUACCUCGUACCACUGCUGCCAUGACACAGGAGUCAAGAAAGGGGAUAUCGUUGCCAUCUGGGGUGCGUUGGCAUGAAUGGACCUGAUGCUCGUCGGCCACUCUUUUGAAUGCUCCUGACACCAUUGUUGCCUCACAGGCCUCGGACCUAUCGGACUCGUGAGCAAGACUUCUGCUAUUUGAGGGCCUUUGCUUCGGCUAAUCCCUAUGGUGCUCAAUUUGUUUUAUAUAGUUCACGGCCAAGUGGGCUCUCCUCGCUGGAGCGUCUCGCGUCAUCGGCGUCGACAACGUCAAGUGGCGCCUCGAGUACGCGCAGCAGAAGCUCGGAGACAAGUUCGAGCAGCUCAACUUUGACGAACACACGGACGUAUCCGCUCGCCUCAACGAGUUGACCAAGCCUGGGUCUCAUGGUCUUGACCACACUCGUCCGGCUGGUGUCGAUGUCGCGCUCGAGUGUGCCGCGGGCGAGUUUGCGGCCAAGGCGUUCGUCGAGAAAGUCGAACUGGCGAUCGGCCUCGCAACGGAUGGUUCGGCAAUCAUCAACGAGAUGAUCAAGGCCGUGGUGCCGUUCGGACGAAUCGGCAUCACCGGAAUUUACGCUGGAUGUGAGCCAACAAUCAGCUUCCCAAGAAAAGAACUAUGGCACAGUGCUAAGACAAGCUUGAUCGACCUCACGAUUCACUUGCAGUUGUCAAUCAUAUCAACAUUGGCGCGGUGAUGCAAAAGGGGGUGCGCUUGAUCGGCAACGGCCAGGCUCCGGCGCCCGUCUACAUUCAGAAGAUCAUCGACGACUAUCUCCUUCCUGGCAAGAUCGACCCUUGCGACCUGAUCGUAUCGAAUCGCAUCAAGCUCGAAGACACGGCUAAGGUGUACAAAGCUCUCGACGAUCGCAAGGAAAGCUUCGUCAAGGUUUUCAUCGAGACCAAGUUCUCGAACAAGCCUUCGCCUAAGGCGCCUCAAGAAGUGACCGAACUUUGA